AUGGGGAAACCCAACUCGCCGCCGCAAUGGACAGGACGCGCGAUUCGGUCGCUAUCUCUGCACCGACGUCGCGCCAGCGUUGUCCAAUCUGGUUACGGACUCGAGCACCUUUUCUUUGUCCUUAUGUACGCGUUCUCGCUCUACCACUGCUUCCUGACGAUCGGUGAGCCGUAUGCUCAAGCUAUGAAGGAACGAGAGCAAUCGGAAGUCAUGACGGCUGGGGGUGUCACUGGAACGGGGACGACGGAGGCCUGGCUGCUGCCAUAUUGGCUCAUGGAGCUGUGCAUUUGGUCUGUGCGUGUCAAGUCUUUUAUCAAGUACGCGCCAGUGACUUCGUUAGAUGAAGCCACAUAUGUGAUGGUAGUGCCACGCUCUUUCAAGGGCAAGAGCAGCAUUAUUGAGAUCACGCGGCCUAAGCAGGCAGACGGUACGUUGGCAGGACGCCCGUACUUUCACUUCCAGAAGCACAAGUACGUUGCGGAAGAAGAAUCGGGUGACAAGGGUGCCGUGCUCUUUCGAAAAGUGAAGGCUCGUACUACUGAAGUGGUGAAGUUCUAUCUGGAUUCGCGUGGUCUCAACUCAGAUCGGGAUGCCGAGUUGCAGCUGGAUUUGUAUGGCAAAAAUGAGUUCAGCAUCCCGCAACCCAAUUUCGUGGACAUGUUCAAGCAGCAGUUGAUCGAGCCGCUAGCUGUUUUCCAGAUCUUUAGUGUCUGUCUCUACAUGCUAGAUGAGUACUGGCAGUACUCGCUGUUUACGUUGGGUAUGAUUCUUAUGUUUGAAGGUGUUACGGUGAUGAGUCGUCUAAAAAAUUUGCAGACGCUACGCGGUAUGGGUAAUAAAGCGCGUGAGGUGUACGUUUACCGUGGAAAGACUUGGAAAAAGCUGAAUUCGGAUAUGCUGGUGCCUGGUGAUGUCAUUUCGGUAAAACGUGAGACAGAUGGUGAUCACGACAAUAUGGUGCCCUGUGACUGCUUGCUGCUGGACGGAUCAGCGGUUGUUAAUGAAGCGACAUUGACGGGUGAAAGCGUGCCACAAAUGAAGGAGGCUAUUGGUACAAAGAUGAGCCCGGAGGAUCUGGCAGAGCAGCUUGACAUGAAGUCGGGUCACAAAGUGCACGUGCUUUUUGGUGGAACUACUGUAAUGCAGGCAGGCACUUCCAGCGAAGGUCAGCCUGGGGUCAUGAGUCAGCAAAUCCCACACGCACCUGACAAAGGCUGCACGGCAUAUGUAUUGCGUACGGGCUUUAGUUCAUCGCAGGGCAAGUUGGUGCGCAUGAUCGAGUUCUCUAGUGGCAAAGUAACGGGUAGCUCAUGGGACGCCUACGGGCUUGCAUUCUUACUUUUGAUUUUUGCGUUGCUCUCCUCUGGGUAUGUGCUGCGCCACGGUAUCGCACAGAAAGGAAAGAUCACGUUCGAGCUGCUGUUGCGGUGUGUGCUCAUUAUCACUAGUGUUAUUCCGGCUGAACUACCUAUGCAAACAGCAAUGGCAGUGAACUCGGCCCUGCUGAAUCUGGUGAAGCUAUCAAUUUUUUGUACCGAGCCUUUCCGGAUCUCCUUAGCUGGCAAGGUGGAUAUUUGCUUAUUUGAUAAGACAGGCACUCUCACCACGGACCAACUGACAGCGGUUGGCGUGGUUUGCGAAGAUGCCAUCACCCCUACUGCUGCUGUUUUGAAGGACAAGGUGCUUGGUCACGUGCCGAUGAUUGCAGCUAACUUGGACGCUACGCUGGUCCUUGCUGGGUGCCAGUCGCUGGUUCAGAUUGACGGCAAGAUGGUUGGCGAUCCGGUGGAAGAGGCAUCGAUCCGUGCCAUCGACUUUUCGUACGAUGCGGUUACUCGUCAGUGUCAAGCAAAGAAAGAUAUGGAGCGUGCGAGUGAGCGUCGCUGGGGCCAUGGCAUUAACCAGAAAGAGGUUUCUGUGCAAAUCAUGCACCGCAACCACUUUGCAUCCAAGCUGCAGCGAAUGAGCGUAGUUGCCAGGGUGAAUUUAGGCGACAAGGGUGUGCAGGUGCGCUCACUUGUAAAGGGGAGUCCUGAAGCAGUCGCAACGUUGAUGCGGCCUGAUUGCAUACCGGAUUGGUACUGGCCGACAUAUCAAAGUCUUGCCCGCCGUGGGAUGCGCGUGCUUGCUCUCGCCUACAAGGAUAUCAACGGGCGUCCGUCCGAGACUGAGGUCGCCCAACAGUCGCGCGCGUGGGCCGAAAGUGAUUUACGCUUUGCCGGUUUUGCCGUGUUUCAGUGUUUGGUUCGAAAGGACAGUGGAAGUAUUUUGAAGGUGCUAAAAGAGAGUUCGCACCUGGUUUCAAUGAUCACCGGCGAUGCAACGCUGACGGCUGUUCACGUGUCGAAGGAAGUGGGCAUAAUCACUCGACCUGCGCUUAUUUUAAGUGAGAGCUCGUCGCCUAGCGACCCUCUGAAGUGGACGAGUGCUGAUGACGACUCAGUUAUAGCGCCAUAUAAGAGUGGUGAUGUUAAGGUCUUGGUUAAGAAGUACGAUUUGUGUGUAAACGGCAAGACGCUCAUUGCUGCAGGCGAGGUAGACGAUUUGAUCUGGAAAAACCUGAGCCAUAUUCGUGUUUACGCUCGAAUGACGCCUGAACUGAAGGAAAAGGUGCUAACAUUGCUGAAGACGCACGGCCACCAUACCCUUAUGUGUGGUGACGGUGGUAACGAUGUGGGGGCACUAAAGCAGGCGCAUAUUGGAGUAGCAUUGCUAGGUGGAUUUGGGUCAGCGAAUGCCGACAAAAGUGUGACUGGUCUGGCUAAGUACCAGAAGGGUAACGAGGCUACCGUGAGCACUCGCGAAGACCUGAUGAAGCUGCAUGUGUCAGCGUUGAAGAAGCGACUGGUUCAGCAAAAUGUGAACACAUCGCAUUGCAAGGUGAAGCAAGACUAUGUCGAGCUUAUUCUUAGUGAGCAGAAGAAGAAGACGAUGGAAACUAUCAAGAAGAAGCAGCAGGCUUUGGUGAACAAGAAUCCGAAGCUGAAGGUUCUUAGUAAAGAGGAGCAAAUGGCUGAGAUGAAGAAAAAGCAGGAAUUGCUGGAGGCUGACGUGCGUGCGCGCCAGGCCCGUGGCGAGUCGUUUGCGCGGAUGAAGGCUAUCGCAGCAUUUGCCAAGCGUGAAGCCGAAGAAAAGAAGAAGCUACAAUUGGAACGCACAGGGUCGAAGGGGUUUGCAAAUUUUGCAAACAAUGCUGCUAUGGCACAGUAUAUGGACGACUUUGACGAUGGUGAGGUGCCGAUGGUGAAGCUUGGUGACGCGUCAAUCGCGUCCCCUUUCACGUCGCGCGCUCCAUCGAUUAAAGGCUGUGUCGACAUUAUUCGCCAAGGCCGUUGUGCGCUCGUGACAACUAUGCAAAUGUACCAGAUUCUGGCUGUGAACUGCCUUAUUAGCUCGUACUCGCUGUCAGUGCUUUAUCUUGACAAGGUCAAGUGGGCCAACUCACAGAUGAUGGCGCUGGGCAUGAUAUCAACUGUGGCCAGCAUUACGUUGAGUCGCGCCACUCCGUUGGAAAAGUUGUCGCCUGUUCGUCCGCUAACAUCAAUUUUCCAUCCAGCGCUUUUCUCAAGUCUUGCUGGUCAGUUUGCGCUUCACCUUGGCUGCAUGAUCUACCUCACGAAUCUUGCGAAGGAGUACACACCCGAAGGCGAUAUGGCGCGCUCGAAGCCUGGUGAAUAUCAGCCCAGUGUUCUAAGUACGGUCAUCUUCUUGAUCAAUGGCGUGCAGACAGUGAGCGUGUGCGCUGUAAAUUACAAGGGUCGGCCAUUUAUGAAACCCAUGACAGAGAACCCGGGACUUCUGUACUCGCUCGGCAUCAGUAUCGUUGGCGUGUUUUUGCUGUGCACGGAGCGCAUGCCUGUGUUCAACAAAGUGCUACAGAUUGUGCCUAUGCCUGACCCGCGCUUCUCGCGUAUCCUUACUGGACUGCUCACUCUCGAAGUACUGGGUGCUUUUGCAUGGGAUCAGAUAUGCUUGCUGGUGUUCGCGCCCAAGAUAUUCAUGGCGUCAAUGCGCGCGCUGACCUUCAAGGACGUGCGCCAGCUGUUCAAGAUGACGGUCGUUUCACUGCUGAUCAUUUACGUCCUGGCCAACAUUGAUUACGAUGAAAUCGAGCGCCAACAGCAGCUUCUUGAAGAACAGCAUGCUGUUGUUGAUGUGGAGGAGAUCAGCAAUUAG